CACCAACGAGAGUCAGCGGGAGGAGUGACUGCGCGCGCCUGUGGAGGAGCGGCGGACAGCGCGAGCGCACCAGAGCGCGUGCACACAGCGGUCAUGACGGACGAGCCCGAGAGGUCCAGCGCAGAGCCGCCGUCCCCGAGCAGCUCCAGGUCCGCAGAGGAGUCCGACUCUGACGCGCCUCCGUCUCCCGCUGGAUCCACCGGCCACGCGUCGCUCAUCCUCCCGGGAAUGGACGAGGACGAGCAAUUCCCGGUGUGCAUCAGGGACGCGGUGUCUCAGGUGCUGAAGGGUUAUGACUGGUCUUUAGUGCCCAUGCCUGUGCGGGUGAACGGCGCGCACAAGAGCAAGCCGCACGUCAAGAGACCCAUGAACGCGUUUAUGGUGUGGGCUCAAGCCGCGCGCAGGAAACUGGCGGAUCAGUAUCCACACCUGCACAACGCCGAGCUCAGCAAGACCCUCGGGAAACUCUGGAGGCUGCUGACGGAGAACGAAAAGAGACCGUUUGUGGAGGAGGCUGAAAGACUGCGAGUCCAGCACAAGAAAGAUCACCCGGAUUACAAAUACCAGCCGAGGCGACGAAAGAGUGUGAAGCCCGGUCAGGGCGAGUCUGAGCUGAGCCAUCACGUGUAUAAAGCUGAAGCUGGGCUGGGGAGACUGACGGCUCCAGUCACUGAACACACAGGUCAGCCUCAUGGACCCCCGACACCCCCUACAACACCCAAAACAGACAUCCAUCACGGAGGAAAGCAGGAUCCCAAGCAUGAAGGACGACGCCUGCAGGACGGCACGCGACAGAACAUCGACUUCAGCAACCUGGACAUCUCCGAGCUCAGCACAGACGUCAUCAGCAACAUGGAGAGCUUCGACGUGCACGAGUUCGACCAGUACUUGCCUCUGAGCGCCGAUGGCUCGUACCCUGCGAGCAGCGGGGCGUCCUGGAGCCGCAAGGGGCCCGUGGCGUCCUCGUCUCCUGGCUCCAGCGACGGGAGCCAGCACAGAGCUCACAUUAAGACUGAGCAGCUGAGCCCGAGUCACUACAGCGAGCCGUCGGCCGAGUACGGCGUGUACGGAGCUCACGCAUGCGCCGCCUCGUUCCCCAGCUCUCCGUGUGACUACACAGACUACUACAGCUACCCCUCCAGUCUCCACCAGCGCCCAUACCUCCACUCCUCACGCAGGCCGUACAGCCUGUCCGUCCCGCCGGCCCACAGUCCCUCCACCAGCUGGGAUCCUCCGGUGUACAGCACGCUCUCCAGACCCUGAGGACAUCGCUGUCUGCGGUGGAGAGACUCUGUGAGGACUGCGCCGCUCCAGGAUCUCGGAGAACACCGACCCGUCAAUAUUCAGUGCAGCCAGAGUCGAUCUGCAUUGAGCCUUCUUUUUACACACAACCUGUUCAUUUUUAAUUUGCUGUUCCUUAUGUAUUUAUGUUGUGUUGUGGUUUGUUUCUGUUUUAAAGUACUCACAAAAGCUGAAAGGGUGGAGGGCUGAAAUGAGCCGCGUUGUUUUUAACAUUCCAACCAACUCACUGAAAAAUAAUGACAUUAAUCGUUAGUGAUUGUUUUUUAUUGUUAUUUUCCUGAUUCGUCGUUUUAGUGAGCACUUUAACAUGCGGAAAGCUCCAGCUCAUUAACAGUUGUGUUUUUAACCCCGCCAGUCAUUGGUCACGUGUGUGUUGUCAUCGGCUGUCUUGAUUUCUGAAGUGUGAUCUGUUGAACAUCUGAAUUAGCUUUUAGGCUGUGAAACACAAACACACAAAACAGUGUUUACUCUACAUUGUUUCAUUCUUAUGUGGGAUUUAAAACUGACUUGGCUGUGAAUCUGCACUUUUGUUAACAGGUUCAUUCUUACAAAGCGCUAACAGUAAUUGCUGGCAAUAUUUGUGGAAAAAUACAUUUUAUAACUGCAACAUUAAACUGUCUAAACUAGA